AUAAAUUUGAAGAAAAAAAAACCUUUAACGAACACAUUAUUCAUACACUGUUGUUAUCGUUAAUGACUGGAACGAGUUCUAACGUCAAAUUUUUGUACGUACCUUUAAAGUAAACAUAGUCAACAGAGGAAACUAGAGGAAAGAACUGUUUGGAUAAAAGUUUAGCGCCCCGCGCUUUGUUGAAACUUUUGAUUUUACGACCUACACUGAAAUACGAAAAUUUAUCCGUUCGUCAAGUGACAUAGUAGUAUAAUUGUUAGUCUAAUAAAGAAAAAAAAUCGGAACAGGAACAUCAUUAAAAGUGCUAAAAACCCAUAUUUUCGUCUGUUGCUGUUCGUCGGUCAAUCCAGCAUAGAAAACAACCAAAAAACCGACCGGGAAAACCAUUGACAAACGCCGCCAAAACCUUUUCCUUCUCCCGCGGAAGACAGAGAUCCACCAGGGGCUAGCAUCCUCCCAAAAUAUACUCGAGACAAUCAUCGCCGCCACCGACCCUACGCUUGCAAUGCUCUGGUAGCGCCGAAAACUUCGCCGUGGAUCCGUAUUGCGGCGCCGGACUGAACAGCGGUGGUCCUGGCGGCCAAUGGCCCAUCCCGAACUGCGGUGGUCCGAUGUGUCACCACGGUCCCGGCCCAGGGCCACCCGGUCCCGGGCCCGGUCCGGGUCUCGUCAACGCUUUAGGAGGAUUGAUGGGAGUGGGAAGCGCUGGGGGAAUCGGAGUAGGCGGCGGCGGCGGAGGUGUAGUAGGAGGAGGAGGUCUCGGGAUGCCCGGUCAUCCGCCGCUUGGAGCGACCGGUCUGGUGCACGGCCCCUCGCAGCUGUCCCUGCACGGUACCGGCGGCUCUCUGAUGCCGCCCGGCCUCUGUAAUCCCUGCAGUAGCAAUACCAAUAGUUUUAACUCAGUGCCAUUACCCGGACCGUCGCGUUGGGGUCCGCGAACAUCGUGUCCUGUACAUAGUCCAUUUCGAAUACGAGUGCCGAACGGAUCGAUCUGCUCCGGACAUCAGGCUCUAUUGCACACGCAUGACGUGGUAGCUAGAGAAGUAUACGGCGAGGAAGCUCUACGGGUAACACCACCACCGAUCGCACCCUACCUGAAUGGAGGCAACGACGACAUCGACAACGGCGACGCCGCCGACCAGCAGCACGUCACGCGUGUCCGGCUGGUGCAGUUCCAGAAGAACACCGACGAACCGAUGGGCAUAACGUUGAAGAUGACCGAGGACGGUCGGUGCAUCGUCGCCCGGAUCAUGCACGGUGGCAUGAUUCACCGGCAGGCCACGCUGCACGUCGGCGACGAAAUCCGUGAAAUCAACGGCCAACCGGUACAGCACCAGACCGUCAGUCAAUUACAGCGAAUGCUGCGGGAUGCACGCGGAUCCGUUACGUUCAAGAUAGUUCCUUCAUAUAGAAGUGCCCCACCACCGGUUGAGCUGUUCAGGAUAAGACCGGCGCCCGUUUUAGUUGAUCAGAUUUUCGUUCGUGCCCAGUUCGACUACGACCCGCUCGACGACGAGCUGAUCCCGUGUGCCCAGGCCGGAAUAGCCUUCCGUGUGGGUGAUAUACUGCAGAUCAUCAGCAAAGACGAUCACCAUUGGUGGCAGGCACGGCACGACGCCGCCGGAGGUUCGGCCGGACUGAUACCCUCGCCGGAACUUCAGGAGUGGCGCAUUGCCUGCCAGUCGGCGGACAAAACCCACAAGGAACAAGGAGAGGUAGGGCCCGGUUGUUCGGCUCACGCGGAAGGAUGUGACGGAUCGACAGCAGUAAAUUGCUCAAUAUUUAGCCGUAAAAAGAAGCAGUGCCGGGACAAGUAUCUAGCGAAGCACAACGCCGUGUUCGAUCAGCUGGAUCUGGUGACCUACGAAGAGGUAGUCAAAGUUCCAGUCGGGGAUCCGGCCUUCCAGCGGCGAACUCUGGUGCUACUCGGAGCGCACGGUGUCGGUAGACGUCAUAUCAAAAAUACCCUCAUAGCUAAGUAUCCGGACAAAUACGCUUACCCGAUACCACACACCACCAGACAGCCGCGGCCGGACGAGGAGAACGGUCGCAGUUACUACUUCAUAUCACACGACGAAAUGAUGGCGGACAUCGCGGCCAACGAGUAUCUCGAGUACGGCACCCACGAGGACGCCAUGUACGGCACCAAGCUGGAAACGAUACGGCGGAUCCACGCCGACGGCAAGAUGGCAAUCCUGGACGUCGAACCACAGGCCUUAAAAAUACUGCGCACAGCCGAAUUCACACCGUACGUUGUGUUCAUCGCGGCACCGCUGCUGCAAAACAUCGCCGAUUACGACGGCAGCCUCGAGCGGUUGGCCAAAGAGUCGGACAUGCUGCGCCAGGCCUAUGGGCACUUUUUCGAUCUGACAAUCGUCAACAACGACAUCGGCGAAACGAUAGCGCUGCUGGAAAACGCAAUCGACAAGGUACACUCCACGGCCCAGUGGGUGCCGGUGUCCUGGUUGUACUGACAAGAUAGUGAGCUAGAAUGUCCGGUGUGCUUGGGGGAGGAAUGCGACUGCGACUGUGACUGCGAGUUAGAUCUUAAGUAGACCACACACUGCGACCCGGAAUCGUAUAGAGGAGAAUACGGACAGCAGCAGCAGCAACAGCACCACUAUACAAAAAAAAAGUAAUAACCAGCUACAAAUGAAAAACAAAAAGAAAAGAAACAAAUAGAUUACAAAAUAAUACAAACAGGCAACACAAAAUGGUACUUGAGCUCGAUAGAUAAUACACCAUACAAAUACUUAAAAAAAAAACAAACACACACACAAACCUACAACAGAAAAUAAUAAUCUUACCAAACACUACCAAAUUGUUUAGCUGCUCUGCAUACGAGCGAAUCCCAAAUCGAACCAUGUUACACGAAUAGAAUCGAUGAUAAUACGCAAGCAAGGCAGUUAUGUAUAUUGAAAUGUUUCGAAUAUCUAGUUAUUGUUUUAAUCAAACAAAACAAAAAUCUACUACUACACUAGGUCAUCAACACGAGAAAUGGCUGAUUUUAUAUUGUACCAAAAGUAGAAUCAAUGGGUUUGAUCAAAAAUCAUCUACGUAUGCUAUUACUACCACCACCAACACCACCACUACUACUACUACUACUACUACUACUACUACUACUGGAACGCAAAUCAUUUUCAUUGAAACGGAUCUGAUCACUUCAUUUGAGUUGAGUGUCAUUACUAAUAGUAGAAAAAUUUGGGCCAGAAGAAAACAAACACACACACAAAAAGCCAUGCAUUUAUGUUAAAGUCAAAAACAAACCAAUGGGGAAAAUCAUCGAAUUUCAAACAAAAAAAAAACAAACAACAGCAAGCGAAUAGCGAAUGCAAAGCAAAGCAACAGCACAAAAGAAAAACAAAACAAAUAAACAAAACACAAUUAUUUGCGCAGUAAAUUUGUCACUUUCACGCACGGAACCGAACAAAAAAACGAAAAACUGAAUGCGCUGCAACGGUAGCUUGCUGCCGAAUAGCAGAUUAUUGAAGCAAAAAAAAAAACAAAUAAACAAACAAACAAACAAGUUUAACUAAUAACAAAGUGAUAGAAGAGAGAGGCAACCGGAAAAACUAAAUCGGUGCGAAAAUAAAGGUCGGAAUGUGGAAGCGAAAAGUGACACGCCGGAAACAUGGGAAUAACGAAAAUGAAGUAAGCAUACACUCUCACACAGACACACACACACACACACAGAGACACAGUGAAACAUAAAUAAAAAAAAAAAGAUGGAGAAUAUUAGUUAGACUUAAUAUUAACCAAAAAACAAAUGUUAACAUGAUUAUUAAUAAUUAAUGGUAAAACACAAUUAAAAUUAAAGAAAGAUGAAAGAGAAACGCGGAAGUUGUAGCGUGCUGCGAAGAAUUAAAUCAUUUGUUUACGUGCAGAAACAACCGGAACACAGGUGGGAUAACCCCCGUUUGAAGUAGAUUUUUAUUGAACCGACCGCACUGGGUGGGAAGCAGUGAGAAGCACUGUGAUCUCUCGGCUUGUUGGCGGUUGAUCGACGGAGGGAACGAAACAAAACGAAACAAAAAAAAAUUGGGGUUACAAUCAACAACAGUUGAGUCAUAGUUUAAAGCGAUAGCAGAUAAAUUAUUGGAAAGUUUCAGGGUUUAAUGAAAAAAUAUUACAAGAAAAAAAAAUACCAACACAUACACACAAACACACAAUCAUACAGGAAUACGAAAACAUUGUAGGUUCCAAUGUUCAAUGUGUUUUGAGCACACGAACAGACUCACCGGAAACGAGAAAACGACCGUAGAGCUUUAUUUUGUUUCGUUUGUUGGGAAUUGGUGGAAAAUAGCUUAUAAAUCAUUUGUCAAAAGAGGAUUUUUGACACUUUUACGUCUACUAUCAUAACUAGUAAUCAAGUUGUUAUCAUUUAGUAUGGAAUUCCUCUUCAAAAUGCAUUUUGACAGACGGCUUAUGAGCCAUUUUUCCCCAAAAAAUCAGUCAUAAUAUGCAGUCGUUCGGAGCGGAGGUGCCAGGUCUGCAGAUUCGUCUGUAAAUUUUCAAGAUUUCUGUGUAUUUUUUCUGUUUUUUUUUAAAAUUUGCAGCUUUUUUCGCAGUCAUAGAAAAAAUUGACCUGGCAGCUUUGGCUGCAGAUUUCUUAUGAAGUGCUGCCGACUUUUUUUUUCGCAGACCUUUUAGCAGAAUUUCGUCAAAAUUUUCUGAUUUUUGAACUGUUUUUAGUUUUGUGUGUCAUACUAUAAGGAGAAAUGAAAGCCCGCAAACAUUUUUUUUAGGAUUUACAGACUUUUGCAAACCGAUCUGAAGCUAUUUGAAGUUUCUACCUGACAUCUCUGGUUCGGAGUGUUACGGAUUCAAACCACAUUGCUGGAUUCGAAGAAGAAUUUAACAGGAUCGAAUCGCAUUUUAUCUAAGACAAGACCUGACAUCUUGGGGGGCUGCUUUUGUUCCAAAAUGGACCAGUUUCUGAUUGGCUAAUUUUGAUGUUACAACCUGCACAUUGUGAAAAGAAAAAACUUUUGCAGGGUACGCGAGCAAUGAUGCCAAGUAUAAAGAAAAUCAGAAAACAUAUUUAUUAAAAUGUAUAAUUUUAGCUCACCAAUGAAAAUGAAAAUUUUCGGAGAAUGUUUCACAUUUUUUUUCAAUCUCAUUGGUAAUAAAUGUUAAUUAAUGGACUGUGUAAUUAAAAUAGGCAUCAAGCCGUUUUUCUUUUUAGUGAAUUAAAGGUAACCAAAAAAUAUUUGUUAAAUUACUGUAAACUCGAAAGUGUGUUUAGUUUCACGAGAAGAAUGAACUGUUGUGUUCCACACUGUGAUCGCAUUAAGCAUUUCUAUCCAAACCUGACUUCUUCCGGUUUCCAAAAGAUCCGGUAAUACGGCAACAAAGGAUUCGAUUUUGCGUUCAACAAGAGAUAUUUCGUGUUUUGUCAUCAAAGCUCAAUUAAUUGUUUUUAAGCAUUAAUUUAUUUUAAAGAAAUGCUUUCAAUUCUAAAAAUUUAUAUGUAAUAUUUUUUUCCUAGCAUAGUUAUUAAAAAAUCUGUAAAUAUGGCUACACUGUAGCCGAUACGUUGGUAUUUAUUCCACAGGGUGAAAAUGACGAGAAGGAUGAUUCGGAAGGAAGAAUAAGAAGCCAGUUGUCAGGUCUUGUCUUAGCAUUUUAUUAAGUUCAGUUCUACACGCAACAAGAUUGGCCUUUGUUAUAACCCAUUGAAUGAAAAAGUUGUUACGUUUGCUCGUUUCAAUUGUUACUUAUUCAACGGCUAACCAUCAUCGGAGUGAUUCUGUCCGAAUUCGUUUGUUAACAGUUUCGAACCUAGUUUCAACGUUAUCGAACAGAAAUUCGUGUCAGUUUCGACCAUGAUUGUUAUAUCGGGUUUGCUCACACCCCCGUUGCUAAGCGCGAACCCAACACAGUUUCAUGAAAAGUGUUUGUUUAGAAAACGACGCUUGACAGCAGCCACAGAAGCAAACGCCUACUCAGUUGACAGUAGAAUAAUUUCGCUUGGUCAGCAAGCUGACGGUGAAUAGAAGAAAUCAUCAGAAUACUACUUUCUUCUGUAUUAUUUCUCAAUCAAAACCAUUCCUAUUUUCAGUUCUGUUAUCUAAUUAUAGCACUUUCAUCUCUCGUCGUCGUUUGCGUCAAGCAACAAAUAUCAACAUCUAACAGAACAUACCACAGCAAUCACAAAAUGCAAAAAUCUUUUCGGACAGUAUAAUAUUCCAAAUACAAUCAAAAAUGAGUUAAAUAUACAACAACAAAAAACUACAGACACGAAGAUGAAAUAUAAUCAACAAACCUUUCGAUUUUGAUAAACACACAGACACACCCCCACACACUCACACACACUGAUAAGCAAGCAAGCAAGCAAGCACAGAACAAAAUGGCGAAAAAAUGUCGAACAAAAAAAAAAGAUUAUAAACAGAAAAGGUUAAACCAAAGUUUAUAAAUCGUUUACCAGACUACUAAUCAACAAUCGAUAGCGCUUCUCGUCGAAACACAGCAAGCUGGCAACAACCACACACGCGAAUGCGAACCAUUAACAAAAACAAAACAAAACAAAAACAUGGAACGGAUGAGAAAAAAAGAGAUAGAAAAAAAAACAAAUAAAAAAACUGGAACGAACAACAACAACCAACAAUAAUAGAAAAA